AUGGAUCUGUUUGAAGAAGAAAGUUUCCCUUACGACGAUCUCGUGCAGUUUCGAUGGGAACGAAAAGGUACUGACAAAAAAGACGAAAAUGAUUUGGUCCAGAAGUUACCUGAGUACGUAACACCUUGCAUCAUAGUCUCAAACGAUGGAGUUAAGAAAGGUGAUGAAUCUUCUUGGAACGGUCCGUUACAGUUAGUAGUUGGAGAUACUUCAAAAAGGGGCUGGAAAAAAUAUAGUGGAACUGCCAAAGUAAAAGAAAACAAGGAAGAAACAGCUUGGAGACAGGAGGGUCAAGCGAAGGUUAAAACUGUUAAGAAACCUGAGGUACUUCAAGCAGUUCCAGAAGUGCCGAAAGUUUCAAAGGAGAAAAGUUUCAAAAAAUAUGCUUAUAAUUACCUGCCGUCAACCAGCACAGCAAGACCAUCAACCACUGGAGCAAAGUGGUUGGAUAACUGGAUUACUUCCACACCUGCACCAGUACAGAAAUACUGGAGAAAUCUGAUCUCGAAAUACGAAGACGACCAAUCUCUUUUGAAGAUAGAAGCAAAUGAAGGCAAUCACAUUUUUGAUGAAGAUACAAAAAACAGUGUUUCUUCAGCUCCGAGUAGAGGUUCUCAAGUGACUAAUGUUCUGCCAAAACCAGUAACAGUGAAAUGGAGGUUUGUCUCACCUUUGCUAAGCAGAAUUCACAUUUUUAAUACAAACCCAGUUUAUCCUCAGACUUUGAAUAAGCAACCUCCUAUAUCAAAACGAUGGUACGCAGAAGCGAUUUCUCCAAUCGAGACUUUAAUGUUGUCUAGAUUAGUUUUUGCAGAAAUGAAAACAAUGGUUGGUCUAGUUCGACAGGCCAAAUUGGAUUCACAUGGCCAAGAAGUUACUACACGAUUCGACGAAAACACUUCUUUAACACCUCUCCAGGACUCUUUGGGUAAAAUUUCUUAA